GUUUAAUCGAACUGACAGAUCUGAUACAAAAAGCUACAAGAUGGUUAACCCUGGAGGACCAAUAGAAAUUUGUUUCUCCUUUGAUGCAACCUGUUCUAUGUAUGACUACAUUGACGAAGUAAAAGGAAAAGUUCAAGACUUAAUACAACGUUUGCAAGCAGACAUUCCUGGAAUCAGAAUAGCAGUGUUUGCGCAUGGUGAUUAUGGCUCUCCCACUUAUGUCACAAAACACAUUGAUUUUACAACAGACGUGGCAGAGCUGUGUAACUGGGUAAAGAAUGUAAAAGAGAGCAGAGGCGGCGACUGGGAUGAAUGUUAUGAACUCGUAUUACAAGAAGUUCAGUCGUUGUCAUGGACACCAGGAUCAAAACGAGCAUUGGUUAUGAUAGGGGAUGCAGACCCCCAUGAACCGGGAUUUAGGUGUGGCGGGAAAACUUAUAACAUAGACUGGCGAGCCGAAACAUAUAAACUUUUAAUGAUGAAUGUGACUAUCUAUGGAGUUAAAUGUGGAGAUGAUGAUUCAUCAACAGAAUUUUUCAACAAGGUCGCCGAGGCAACUAACGGAAAGUUCCUUACAUUGAAAGACUUUACUAACAUAUUUGAUCUAAUGAUGGCUAUAUGUUACAGAGAACACGAUGAAACUCUUCUGCAGAAUUAUGAAACAGAAGUAAGAGCAAGAGGAACAACAGUUCAUAAAGAUUUAGAAGCCUUGUUUGGCAAUCUACGACAUACCGAAACAGAUGACAUGGAAACCGCACCGUCAACACCAGCUCGUUUGGUAAAAAUACCAUCACUGACAAAACCAUCAUCACCACUGAAAACAAGUACCAAGCCAACAGUCAAACCACGUAGGAAUUCAAGAACAACACGGUUUAUAUCUAAACAUGAACGAAUGAUGAGUAGAAGAAACGAGGAACGACUCGAAAAAUACAAGUUAAAAAAUCUGCCAAAGCUGAAAAGAGAAAACGUAACAGAGACAAAUUUUAUGCUUAAUGAUGCCCCAUGGUCAAGAUGGCAAUUAGCAAUCACACCCGAAUCUCCAGAAGGAGAAGAAUCUCAUUUAUGGCAAAAACGUAGAGGUGACUUGACAGGAUAUCGUAGAACAGAAAUAUGUAAUGGACAAUAUCAGAAACCAGCACUGUAUGAAUUCGCUGUUCAAACGCAUGAACAUUGUAAACGAUAUGUUGUAUAUUGUAAGUGUAACAAGGGGUUCACUUUGGAUAAAGGAUCAUGGGAAUCUAAACUGUUAAAUAACACAGACGUUAGAAAUGAGGUAGAAGAUGUUUUAAAGAAAGGUUGUCGUAUAUUUGUUAGACACUUUCCUUUGAGAAAAACAUCUGCGACAACAAACAAGAUGGCCGAUCUUGGGCACUAUGACUACGCAUGGAGAUGUCAAAGGAGGGAGAGAGUAUCCCCACGUCAACUACAAGUACUGACGUAAUGUACUAGGCUGAUAUUCAGACUAGAAGGAACAUAUUUCUACUUUUUUUUUAUAUCUAUGUUAGCCAUUUUAUUGCAUGAGUUGUUAUAACGUUAUAGUUUUUA